UCUGCGUAACUCCUAAGCGAACAGAAAAAAAAAAAAAGUACUUUCAUUUAACAGAAAAAAAAAAGUAAAAAAGAAAAGAAAAAAGAACCGCACGCCGGAACACAUAAUGGCGGAACCGAAAACCAAAUACGAUCGCCAGCUCAGGAUCUGGGGUGAGCAAGGGCAGGCAGCCCUUGAAAAAGCCAGUGUAUGCUUGCUCAACUGUGGUCCUACUGGUUCUGAGACAUUGAAAAAUUUGGUUCUUGGUGGGAUUGGAAGCAUUACAGUGAUUGAUGGUUCCAAAGUUGAACUGGGUGACCUUGGAAACAAUUUUAUGUUGGAUGAGUCAUGCGUUGGGCAAUCAAAGGCCAAAUCUGUGUGUGCAUUUCUGCAAGAACUCAAUGAUGCUGUUAAAGCCAAGUUUAUUGAAGAGUAUCCAGAAAAACUAAUUGAAACAAAUCCAUCAUUCUUUUCUCAGUUUACUCUAGUAGUGGCCACUCAGCUGGUGGAGGAUUCAAUGGUAAAGCUUGACCGAAUAUGUCGGGAAGCUAAUGUGAUGUUGAUUUUUGCUCGCUCCUAUGGUCUCACAGGACUGGUUCGAAUCAGUUUGAAGGAACAUACAGUGAUUGAGUCAAAGCCUGACCAUUUUCUGGAUGAUCUUCGAUUAAAUAACCCAUGGCCUGAGCUCAGGAAGUUUGCAGAAACAUUUGAUUUAAAUGUGCCAGAUCCUGUUGCCCACAAACACACACCGUAUGUUGUGAUUCUCAUUAAGAUGGCCGAAGAGUGGACCAAAGCUCAUGGGGGUAGCCUUCCAUCAACCAGGGAAGAGAAAAAAGAGUUUAAGGAACUUCUUAAAUCUAAGAUGAUUGCUAUGGAUGAAGACAACUAUAAAGAAGCUAUUGAGGCCUCCUUCAAAGUCUUUGCUCCUCGAGGAAUAAGUUCCGACUUGCAGCAAAUAAUUAAUGAUAGCCAUGCUGAAGUUAAUUCUAAUUCAUCAGAUUUUUGGGUGAUGGUGGCAGCUUUAAAGGAGUUCAUUGCAAAUGAAGGUGAUGGGGAAGCACCUCUUGAGGGGUCGAUACCUGAUAUGACAUCUUCAACUGAGCAUUAUGUAAACUUGCAGAAAAUCUACCAAGCCAAGGCUGAGGCUGAUUUCAUUGCCAUUGAGCUACGAGUGAGGAAUAUUCAAAAGAAGUUAGGUAGAGAGCCAGGGAGCAUCCCCAAGGCAAUGAUAAAAAGUUUCUGUAAAAAUGCGAGAAAACUGAAAGUCUGCAGGUAUCGUCUUAUUGAGGAUGAGUUUAAUAGUCCUUCCAUAUCAGAGUUGCAGAAGUAUUUAACUGAUGAGGAUUAUAGUGUUGCUGUGGGGUUCUAUAUUCUCCUAAGAGCUGUAGACCGGUUUGCUGCCAAUUACAAUAGCUUUCCAGGGGAAUUCGAUGGUGCAAUGGAUGAAGAUAUAUCUAGAUUAAAAACUACAGCUGUUAGUGUACUGAGUGAUUUGGGUUGCAAUGGUUCAACAUUGACAGAGGAUCUUAUUAAUGAGAUGUGUCGAUUUGGCGCUGCAGAGCUCCAUGCUGUUGCUGCCUUAAUUGGAGGAAUUGCAUCACAAGAAGUUAUUAAGCUCAUAACAAAACAGUUUGUUCCCAUGUCUGGAACUUUCAUCUUCAAUGGUAUUGAUCACAAGUCACAAUUGUUGAUUCUGUAAUACAUUUUGAAUCUGGAAUUGCCGCAUUGACGGAUUCCCUUUUGACGAGAUGAGAUGGAGUGGUCCAUCUUCUGCAAUUUUACAGCUUUUUAGGUCAUUUAUGACAUUUUACAGAUUGAGGCAUUCUUUGCUUUGUAGUUUGGGGUCGCGGGGAGUUUGAUAUGGUGU